CAACAUAAAUACGGAGAAUCUAAAGUGAACAGUAUCAGUCACAUACAGUGCAAAUACGUUCCUGCUAAUAGCACUCACAAAGCAUAUAGUUCAAAAACUAUCACACACAAAAAUAUAAAAUGGCCGCCAAGAUGAUCAUUUUCGCCGCAUGCGUGGCCACCGCUCUCUCCCAAUACGCCGCACCAGCUUACAAGCCAGCGUACUCAGCGCCCGCUUACUCAGCACCAAAGGCUUACGCCCCAGAACCCGCAUACCCACCCACACCGUACAACUUCGAAUACAGCGUAAACGACCCACACACCUACGACGUCAAGAGCCAAUCCGAAUACAGUGACGGAAACGGCUACGUCAAAGGAUCUUACAGCCUUUUGGAAGCCGAUGGUUCCACCCGCACCGUCGAAUACACCGCCGACGACUACAACGGUUUCAACGCCGAAGUCAAGAACUCCGCACCGGCCUACAAGCCAGCUUACUCCGCACCAGCGUACGCUGCACCAGCUUACCCUGCACCCGCAUACUCAGCGCCCGCUUACAAACCAGCACCGUACAAGGCGUAUUAAAGACUUUCCCUCACGCCCAACCAUUAUCAAUCUCAUCGUCGAUCGUGAUGGUCGUUUAGUCGACAUAAUAUGAAUUGUUAUCAUAUCGUUUUUCACCGAACAAAUAUUAUGUAAAAUAUUAUCAUUUCAUCAAUGUGUUUAUUUUGUAAAUAAAUAGUGAAUUCAAAAAUACUAUAAACAUA